UAAAUUUGCGCUUUACAUACAUCUGGGUAAUAGGAUUACUAAGUGCUCUAUUCCCCGUGUUUAGGAAAACAAAAUCUUUUAAUGAAGUGUGCUACCGACCUUUGUGGAUAUAAACCUGGGUACAGCAACGAUAGUCAAAACAUAUAAGUAAUAGAAAACGGACAGUUCAGCAACAGGAGGAGGAGCGCGGAGCAAGCCCUCAGACGGAGGCGUGGUGCAACAUGGAUUCAAUUAACAGAUAAGGACAGGGUGACCGAGGUAAAAAACAGCUUGACUGAAUUAAUUCAAGUGGACCACGUGCCUACUACUUGACAACUGUUGAAGUCUUAAUUUGCGUUCAAGUUCUCUACUGCAUUGGCCACGCAUGUUGGACCCCCUUUGUCCAGUGUUCAUUAUGAGAGUUUGUUUUCCUAAAAGUCAAGUUGCUGUGGCUCUUGGCCACGACUUCUGGUCUCCUUGGCAAAUCCAGUUGGACACCUGAAAUGGACCAAUACUGAAAUUGACGCCUUCUGUUAGAAGUGCAUAAAUUCUUCUGUUCAAGAUUGACAUGUGUGGUUUCAACAAGCAGCAAAUUGUAAUUAUUUAUUAGAGAUGGUUUGGGGAUAGACUUAAUGUGCUUUGGCUUAGUGAAUGAGACAUUAUGCACUCUUGACAUUAUAAGAAGUUGGAAGAACUUCAGAUUUACUGCAUCAUAAGUUUAGGGAAAGGUUUCUAAACUGUGCACUGUUUUUUUUUCAUAGCAAAAAAAAUAAUUAAAAACUAUCUACUAUAUAUAAGGGUAUUACAGCCCGUUAAAGUUGCAUUUUUUUAUUUCAUACAAUAUUGAACAGUGAAUUCGUUACUUGAAAGUGUAAAUCGUUACAAUGACGGUGACAUAUUCACUUCACGUUUCAAAAGCUCGUCUUUGCGGCUUUGCUAAGCUCUUAACAAGAUGGAGGGGAAGCAUCUAUAAGCUUCUCUACCGAGAAAUGCUAAUAUUUAUUGGUUUCUAUUACUUCUUACUUGCCCUUUAUAGGGUAGUUCUGACUGAGAAUCAGCGUGUGGUAUUUGAAAAGCUUGCAAUUUAUUGCGAAGCUUUCACAGAUCUUAUUCCUUUGUCAUUUGUUCUUGGGUUUUAUGUUACCAUUGUCGUUGGAAGAUGGUGGCAACAGUAUCUUGCUAUUCCAUGGCCAGAUAAAGCUUGUAUGCUUAUUUCUACUUAUGUGAAUGGAGCUGAUGAACGUGGGCGUAUUGUUCGCAGAACUUUAGCAAGAUACCUAAAUCUAAUGGCGGCUUUAACAUUCCAAGCAAUUAGUCCUGCAGUUAAGAAACGUUUCCCCACUAUAGACCAUUUAGUGGAAGCAGGAUUAAUGACUAAGGAAGAACGGCAAGUGUACGAUGCCGUGCUGAUGACUCACGGAAAAUGGUGGGUACCUGCCCAAUGGUUUGGAUCGGUGGCUGCAAGAGCUCGGCGGGAAGGCCGUAUAAAAGAUGACAUUCUUUUCAAACAUUUGCUUGAUGAAAUGCACACAUUUCGAGGAAAUUGUGGGCUUCUUUUCAGCUUUGAUUGGAUCAGCAUACCUCUUGUUUAUACGCAGGUAGUUACUUUAGCAAUCUAUGCCUAUUUUCUUGCUACUGUGAUGGGUCGUCAGUAUUUGAACCCAGAAAAAGGAUAUCCUGGUCAUGAAAUAGAUCUGUAUGUUCCAGUGUUCACCUUGCUGCAAUUUUUCUUUUAUAUGGGAUGGUUAAAGGUAGCAGAACAACUAAUAAAUCCGUUUGGGGAGGAUGAUGAUGAUUUCGAGCUUAACUGGUGCUUGGACAGAAACUUACAGUUUUCUUAUAAUGUUGUGGAUGUUAUGCAUCAAAGUAAUCCUCGACUUGGGAAGGAUAUGUUUUGGGAUGAGGCUGAGCCACAGUUACCAUACACAAGAUCAUCUUUCAACUUAAGAUCGCAACCACAUCUAGGAUCUGCAAUGAAUUUAGAUGUUAAUCUAGAGGAGUCUGAAUUUAUAACGAUGGAGACGAUCAUGGAAGAAGAUAAGGAUGAAAAUAAUUACUGUAGUCCACCAAGAAGUCCAUCAUUUGAUCACACUGGACAUCAUCAUUUCCCAGGAGAAACUCCUACAAGAAGAACGAGUACAUGCAGCAUUGAUGCAGAUAAUACCUCCCUGUCUAGACAUAGGCUACCAGAUUUUCCAGGAUCCAGGUUUGUCAACAUGAUAUUGGGUUCAAGCCGAGAUCUAUCGCACAGCAUAGAUUCCAUGAAAGAUGCGCACAACUCAGUCACUGCUCCUUUUAUUUUAAAAUCUCCAUGUUUUCGUAGAAAAUCUUGUACAGAACCUUCUCCACUAGCAGCUAAUGAAGACAAGGUUAUUCUUGAUUUGCCUUUGUUGUCACAGUCUGAAGCAGAAAAGGUUUCUGACGAAGGGGAAUCAUUGAUACCAAGUGAGCCACCAGUGGUUUUCCAAGAUAAAUCAUCGGAAUAUUGUACGAUCAAAAUACCUGAUUUAUCUGUUGUUGAAGAAGAAAGCUCUUCAGGGAGUUCGAGAGGUCCAUCUCCUGUCAAUGAUCCUAUGCAGAGUUCGCCAAUAAAUGAAACUUGUGGCCAGAAUUUCACAUCAUUUGAAUCUAACUCUUCCCAGGAAAAUCUUAUAACUUCUUCUGAUAGCCAAAGCACAAACAGCUAUUCUGGUCUUCUAAAAAAUGAUGUUUAAUUGCAUACAUGUUAUGUUGAUGUAAUUAAUAUCUUUUGUUGUAUUUAUUAUAAUAUAAGUUGGCUAACUUAAAAAAAUUAGUUUUCUGAUAGUUCAAGCAAAUAGGUGUAAAGAAGGUACAUCGUUUUCUUCGUAUUAUACCAAUUCAUUUUAUGACGUAAUUUAACAGUCUAGUUUACGAGACAAAUUAUUCUUCUUAAUUGGAUGGUUAUUAAUGUAAUUAAUCUGUUUAAAUUUAUUUAUGAUAAAUUUUAAUAGCCUACUUAUUUUAAUUUACAUUAAAUUAAUGUAGUUUAAAAACAUAACUAGAAGGCUGUUUUGAGUCCCCCCCCCAAGAGUGUUUCUAUUGUCUAUUGUGUAGCAAAAUUUAGUUAUGAUUUAGUCCUUACCAUCCGGUUUAAGAGCUACUUCUCUGCAUUUUCCAUUUCCUGCAACAGCUAAAAUUCAAAAUUCAAUUUACUUAUGUAAUAUGAAUCGUGAAUGUUAUGGAUAAGCAUUCAUUUUACGAUUUGCAAAAGAAAAUAAAAAAUUUAAGAUGGAAAAUAAUUUCUUCCAUGACUCUAUAUAAUUUUAAUCUCUUUUAUUAUAUACAUGUUAAAAAUUAGAAUAAACAGGCAAACAUAUUAACUUUAUUUGAACUGCAUUAUUUUAAGCCCUUGGGUAUUUUAAAUGCUAUAGUUAAUCGAGAAAUUUUUCGAGUAAUAAUACGAGUAUUAAGCUUUUCGUUAUCAUUAAAGUAUUUUUAAAGUUUUGUUAUUUGUAAGUUCAUAGUUGUUAUAUUUGUUUAUACUUCUUUAUAUCUAAAAGAGGAGAUAGGUUUUGCUUUUAUUUACUUAGUUUUUUUUGCUCUUAUUUAUGAUAUGUUAUGUGCGCAAUGCAUUUAAGAAUAGAUCUGAACCUUUCUUGUUUUUUCGUAUACUAGAGAUAUUGUUAAAAACUAUGUUUUUAAAGGUGGUGGGUGUUUAAGUUAUUAGUUAACAGGAUUUUAAAAACCUGGUAACCUACUGUGUGUUUCCAGGCUAGAUGAAAAUGUUUAACUAUGAGCUUUUUUGUAUGAAAUUUUAUUUUUUUAACUGUGAGGAUAUUUUGAAAAAUUAUAUUGUAUGUGAUCUUUUCUAAUUAAUAUUUUAUAUAUACUACUGUAAUUUUUAUUUUUUGUUUGCCUUUAUCAAAAGUCACAUUAGAUAUUGCAUGUAUAUAAAGGCAUAAAUGUAAACUUUAAAAUGUAUUUUUGUAUUAUGCAGUAUUACAAAAUAUUUUCGUAGCACUGUCAUUUAUACAGAUUAGAUUGUUCUAGAUUUUAAAGCUUAAAUUCGUCAUUUCUAAACAGUCAGUUCAAUUUACCAGUGAAAGCUUUUAUCUAAAUUUUUCAAGUUUGCAUCCUAUCCAGGAUUUUUUAUUUUCUAAAUUCAUAACUUAUUAACUAUUUACCAAUAUUUGAAAGGUUAGAAUUUAAUUUUAUAUACACUUGUAUUAUGCUUUCAUUUAUUGAAGAGAAAAUCAUUAUUCAUUGAUUUUCUUCUCUUGUAACUAUUUUACUAAACUUACCAUUUUCUGCAUGAUGCAUUCCAUAAUGUGUGUAAUCUUCUAAUUGUAAGAAUAUGUUAGUUUGUCACAGGAGCUGCUUGUUACUUCCCAUGUCUGUUUUGUAAUAAAAGUAUUUGUCCUUCGUA